AUGGACAUGGACCUUUACCGACGGCUCCACCCGAGCUCCUAUCCGCCGCGUCCAUCACCUCUUGGGACUUCACAAGAAUCACGCGAGGAACCUUCUCGAAUCUAUACCUCAUCCGCACCCCACGAUCCUCGACGACCGGAGAAUGACAAGCCUCGGUCUGCGAACCGCUACUAUGCCUCCCCCACUCCCGCUCAGGUCUACUCGGGCGCAUCGCGUGCGUCACAUUCGCUUCGAGAGAGUACCAGCGCACAGGUUUCUCCAGUCAGGAAUCACCAGGCACAACAGCAUCGUCGACAUGCCAGUGUGGAGGCGAAACAUCAUCCACAUGUACACCGCAGAAAUCUCUCCCAGCCACAAGCUGGUCAAUUUCACGAAGGUAAGCCGGGAGUUUUUUUUUUACAUGUUAUUUACUACAUUCAUUCUGCAAUUUCGGACGCGCGCUAUUCCUAUCUGGGCCUAGCCGUCGAGCUUCCGGAGUCACGGGUUCUGGCGUUCUGGGUCCUGGGAAUCGACGCCAAUCUUCCUUCUCUGUGGGCAUUACAAGGCGCGAUGAACAACACGUCUUCACAGUCUGUGCGUCGUGCAUCCCAGGGUAGCAGUGGCAGCCCUGUCCAGUCGGGACAACAAGAACCCUCCGCUUCUACCUUCGAUAAUCGCCAAAUGCUUCCACCAUCCUCACCUCACUCCUACGCCUCGCGAUCACAAUCGGCGAACGCGCCCACAUCAUCCCUUCUUCCUCGCGAUGCGCAAAAUAACCAGGCUCAUCGACUGGGUAGCAGCAUGUCGAUCUCCGCCAUGCUGGGCUCAGAUCCAGAACGUCCGGCGCGAGACUCGGGGUCGCUGUUUUCACGACCUGCCUCUUCGCUUUUCGGUGCGGUACCGACAUCCGCCGCCGCGGGCAUGUCACCACCCACUGCCCCGGCUCGUCCAUCCCCGGUAGACUUUCGCCGAUCCCAAACACCCGAACAGCCCUUCUCAAAUUCGCAGAUGGGCCGACCGUACCGAUCUGGCUCUGGCGGCGGAUCAGGCCCUCUGGGUAGAGAUCAAUCGAAAUUCGGUGGCUUGUCUCGCGUCACUUCCUCGCAGUAUCCCGAGAAGUCUCAUUCAACACAACCCUCUCCUCAGAUCUCGCCAACCGAUUCACCCUAUGAACCCCGUCGCAUGAGUUUCAGUGGUUCGAUCCCUCGACCAAGCAGCCAGCCACCUAAUGCGGAGCCACCUGCGCGUCAACCAGGCUACAGUCCGCACUCCCGCCCAGCGGGUGGUAUGCCUGACCGAUUUGAGCCCCAACCGCGAACAACUGCACCAUACGCAGGUCUCGACAACCAUUCCCGCUUCAAUGGUUUGUUCGGGGACCGCCGAUCUGAAGACGCCGCGUACAGAGAUCGAGAGCGGGAUCGUGCAGCUCAGAUGGAGGCAAAAGGACAACUUGCGGCGUCACGACUCAGCUCACUCUAUGGCGAGCGAGAACCUGUAGACCGCGCCCUCGGUUCUUCGGCCUGGGAUCAGGGUCGCUCUCACCCGUCCUCGCCAGAGAACAAGCGCUUUCCAGCGCCGGAAUCGGCUUCGGGCUUUGGGUUUGGAGCAAUUCAAAGUUACACCAAAUCUCUGGGAUCUCAACCUGGUGGCGGUCGUCAACCGUCAUCACUGCACACUGGACAUGGACAACCGACACCUUCUCCUCGCGACUCGCCCUAUGUGACUAAACAGCCACAACCACCUCCACGCCUUGGAACCACCCCGACAACGGCUGCAGCUGGCGCAGGACUUCUUGGACUAGCUGCUGCCGGGGAAGAGGGACGACGCAAAGGCAGCGAUGAACUCCUUCAGCACCGCAGUUUGCUUGCCGUAGGUGCUGAUGGAAAACGGGGUGGUCGUGCAUCUCCCCUUCCUCAAGCUGUGCAGGGUGCACAGGCACCGUUUAUCGGCCCAGGUGGUGAGCCCAGUAUCAAGAAUGAACUGGGUAGGGUGUUCUCUGGAAUCGGCAGUGGUGUCGGUGGUGUCGGGGGUUUGACUGCCGGCUCAUCUGGCAGUGGACCGUCGACGCCGUUGAUUGCAAGCCCAUUCAAGCGCGACGCUACUGGCCGCUCCGUGAAUGGGGACGGGCAUGACGAUGGUAGAAUCCCUCGUCCCCUGUCCGCCUCUGGCAACAGGCGAUCAAGGAAAUCCAGGGAUGACGGUCAAAUGGAAUUGGAAUCUGGUGGACUGUCUACACGAGGUUCUCGUCGAGCUCGCCAACAUGCUCACCAACACCACCACCAUCAUCAUCACCAUCAUCAUCGUCACAAAGCAGAGGAGGAAGCUGCGGCUUUGGCUGGGCUUCAUCGGCCACUCUCUACAGGUUUCUUUGGUCGAUCAUCUACUCCUGCGGACUCCUUGGCCGGACAUCAUCACCAUCACCACCAUCAUCACCACCAUGCCCCCCGACCUCCUACCGCUGCUGCAUCUCCCAUCCGAGAGCCUCGCACCACUGUCACUCUUGAGCCAAUUCUAUCCAGCGUCGCCCAUCUUCCUCGUCAUCACCUGGGAUCAACAUUGUAUGCCCCCCGAGUUGAUCCACCUUCGAUCAAGUCUUCUCCAGAAAGCUCGAAAUUCGGAUACACCACGACCCCGCGACCUCUUCCACGAUUUGAACAGCGUGAAAACUGCACCUUCACUGUUCGGGUGCCGCGUUUCCGAGUUGACCAAAGCCACCGAGAAGAGAUCUGCGCACGCCGAGCCCUGUGGGGUACCGGUAUAUACACAGACGACUCUGACCCUGUCGCCGCUGCCAUCCACUCGGGCUUUAUCCGAGGUGCGUGGGGUGAUGAUGUGGAUGAGUCCAUGCUCGAUCUAGAAAUCAAGGAUAUCUAUCAGCACGCCCCACCGGCUACGGAGAUGGAGGCCUCGAAGUCCAGUACUCCAGGACCUCGUCUACCGCCCAUCCCUCCCCCCAACCAAGAUCUUCAUAUCACACUCUUGAUCCUUCCCCGCUUGGAGCGGUAUGACUCGACGGUCAUGUUCGGAUUGAAAUCCCGAAAGUGGGACGGCCGGCAUGACGGUAUGAGUUUCAAGGUGCAUCGCGUGGACUGGGUGGAUGAUGGUGUUGGACGCGGGGAGGAACGAGGCGGCGAAGCCCGACGGAAACGGUUGCGCACUUUGAUGCAGACUGGUCGCAUUUGCACCGGGCCCGCUCUAGCCAAGAUGGAUGAGCUUCGGCGAAGCGGAGUACAAGUUUCCCGGACCCUUGACAGCCAGGAACAACCCACACCCGUUCAACCGGUCUCCUAG